AUGGCCCAUCACAAACCCCCACACCAGACUCGGGUGGCAUUUUAUAACACAACACGGGACACUUUGAAUCAGGCCAUCUUGGAGAACGAUUUCAUGAAGAAUCUGGACACGUCACAAGUGGCGGAGAUCGUAGAAUGCAUGUACUCGGUCAAAUUCGCCUCCAACAGCAUAAUCAUUCGUGAGGGCGAUCUUGGCUCUGUGGUCUACGUUAUGGAAGAGGGGUCAAUCGAAGUGACUCGGGAAGGCAUUCCCCUUAGAAUAAUCUCCCAUCCAACCGUUUUCGGUGAAUUGGCCAUUCUCUACAAUUGCAUGAGAACAGCGACUGUUAAAGCCCUCACGCCAUGCUCGCUUUGGGCAAUUGAUCGAAAGUCGUUCCAGGCGAUCAUGAUGAAAACGGGCAUUCUGAAACAUCAAAGUCACCUGGAGUUCCUUAAAAGUGUACCAACCUUCGCUUCUCUACCUCCUGAGACCUUAUCAAAGUUAGUGGACCUGCUUGAGGAGGUGCACUAUGAACCGGGUGAAUAUGUGAUCCGGCAAGGUGCACGCGGUGAUACCUUCUACAUUAUCGCCUCGGGUCAAGUUCAGGUCACUCAAAACACUCGAGCCUCAGGAACACCGGUAGCGUAUGGUGAAGGAAAGGAGACGUUUGUACGACUCAUGGGUCGAGGAGAGUGGUUUGGUGAGAAGGCACUCAAAAAUGAAGAUGUCAGAACAGCUAAUAUCAUUGCGUCUUAUCCCAAUGGUGUGGAUUGCCUUGUCCUCAAUCGAGAGUAG